CCACCCUGUUCCUGCGCCUCUCGCCCCCCGCCACCUCCCUCGGCCCCCCCUUCCCCCCUCUUCCGCGCGUGCCCCCCCCCUCCCUUUCUCGUGAUGGUGACGCAGCACUGCCACCCGCUCGUGUGCCCCGGACAGGCGGCGGCCAGCCACUGCGGGUGCUUUUCGCGAGACGCGCCGUGGCGACCGCGCGGGCGGUCGAGCUCGCGCGGGCACCACCCCCGGGGCACCGGCGAUGAUGUCCCGGUCCUGGGGGCGGAUGCGCACGACUCGACCCCUGGGCCGGAUCAUCCCUUCCGCUUCGCCUUGGUGUGGACCCCGCUGCCACUCAUCUCCUGGCUGUGUCCGGUGAUCGGCCACAUUGGCAUUGCAGAUGCGCACGGGAAGAUCAGUGACUUCGCCGGGUCGCAAUAUGUCAGCUAUGACAACAUGAUGCUCGGGCCACCGGCGCGGUAUGUUCCCCUGAGCGUGGACCGGAUCUCGACCUACUUCUGCCAGGAAUGUGAUGGCGUCCGGCUGCCGGAGGAUCUGGCCACCGUGGUGGAGGCCAUGGCCGGCGACCGACAGGACCACCAGGGCAAGCCUGUCCCAGCACCGGCUCCGGCCCCGGCGCUGGCGCAUCUCCAGCAGCAGCCGCCACCCGGAGCUCUGGCAGUGACGGCGGCACUGAUGGCGCCGGGCCCGAUGGCCCCCUCCUCCGACUUGCCUCUCGACUCCGGCUGGCUCAUCGAUCUGAUCGGCAACUACUCGAUUGCCCGUGCGAAUCGGGAAUUUUCCCGCCUCACGCAUCGGCUCUGGCGACAAAACUGCCACUCCCAUGUGGCCGUGGCAUUGAAUGUGUUGGGCAUCCGUGUGCCGUGUCGGGUGGCGCGCUUUUUCUCGCGGAUUGCCAGUUGCUUCUCCGGUGGACGCUCGCUGCCCCGGUCGUCGCCGGUGGUUGGCGCCGCCAAUGAGGAUGGCCGUCCGCCGGUCCAUGUGGCGGACCUUCGCCGGGAAACCGGCUGCCGGCUGUGUCGCUGCCCGCCGGUCGGUGGUCCAUCUGCAACGCCUCCCCUUCCCCCAUCCGGCGGGGCCCCCUUGACAGCCAUGGGGUCGUGCCAUGUGCCGGGCCUGCGGAACCCGACCGCCUGGCAGAGUGUCGGGCCGUCGUAUCCGCCGCUUGGAUCUCGGUGGAACCAAGUGUGGCUGGCGCUGUUCAUCUUCUUCUCCGGGCGAUACGAUGGGGUGAAUGGCGUUGUCCGGACAUGGGCUCCCUUCGUCUCCAUUUGCACCAUCAUCACUGUCAUGGCCGUGUUACUUUAGUCCCCCCGGCAGCCUUGUGGCCUCCUUCCUCUUCUUCUUCUUUUUUUGGCCACAUAAGAUGGAAUGGCCCAAAGCACAUACAUGCGCAUAUGCUCGUA